AUGACAUUACUCGAACGAUAUUUAAUUGCAAUUGAUAAAUGUUAUGUACAAAGUUUAAAUGAUCCAGAGAAUGAACCGUAUAAAUCGAAAUAUGAAGCAAAAAAAAUAUUUGAACAAUUACAUGAAGAAAAUAUUGAUGAAGAAUCAGAUAUUAUGAAAAAAGAAUUCGAAACUUUAGAUUUAAUCGAAGAAAAUAAUCAACAAAUAUUUAUUAUUAUAAAAUCAGAUCAACAAGCAAAUGAACCAUCUAUUUCAAAAAAACAUCGAUAUUUAAUUAAUUUAUUAUUGGAUUAUCAUAUUGGUACAAUAUGUAGUGAUACAGCAGAAAGAGGUGAAGGUGAAUUAUAUUUACGUCGUAUAUUAACAUCAAUUGAACAAGUACUUAAUCAUUCAUUAAUUUGUUCUCUUGCAUUAAAUUUAUUUAAUCAAUUACUUAUUAUUCGUACAUCAUAUGAACAUUAUAAUGAUGCAAUUGAAAUAGCUAAACGUGCUGAAAGUCUUUAUAAUCAAUCAUUAUUAAUUGAACCAUAUCUUUUACGUGAAAUAAUUAAUAUUGAUUUAUUAAUUCAAACAAAUGAUCGUCGUGAAGAAUUUGAACAAAUAUAUACUCAUACAUUUUUUUAUCUUGCACAAAUCUAUGCUAAAAUUAAUGAUAAAGAUCAAUCAGCUAAUUAUUGUCGUUUAACACUUGAACGUCAAUUAGAAAUGUUUCAUCGACAUACAAUAAAACAUUUUGAUCCAUUAGAUUGGGCAACAAAUUGUGCUACACUUUCACAAUAUUAUAUGACAAAUCAUGAUUAUGCUACAGCUAGACAUUGUCUUAUGUGUGCUGAUAAAAUGUUAGAAAAUGUUAAAACAAAUGAUCAACUACCUGAACGAACAGCAAGUUUUAAACGAUGUUGGAUUAAAUAUGCAAUUAAUUUAUUGAGUAAGAUUUGUUUGAAUCGAUAA